CUUGAAUUCUCCAACCUAAAUGUAAAGGAUUCUUUAAAAGACCUGUUUGUUCCCAAAAUAAAAAUCAUUCUGAUGAUGUAUACAAGGAACAAUCUAAAAUGCGCAGAGCCACUUUUUGAGCAUAAUAAUUCACUUAACAUCAAUUUCAACAUACAAAAGAAAACAGUUUGGAUCAUUCAUGGAUACAGACCGCUGGGCUCUACCCCAUCAUGGCUUCAAAAGUUUCUGAGGAUUUUGUUGAAUGAAGAAGAUGCUAAUGUAAUUGUUGUGGACUGGAACCAGGGUGCUACAACUUUUAUUUACAAUCGAGCAGUAAAAAAUACCAGAAAAGUUGCUGAGAGUUUGAGUGAAUCCAUUCUAAAUCUUUUAAAGCAUGGGGCAUCUCUUGAUAAUUUUCAUCUCAUAGGAAUGAGCUUAGGAGCUCAUAUUAGUGGCUUUGUUGGCAAGAUGUUUCAUGGCCAACUUGGAAGAAUAACAGGUCUUGACCCUGCUGGCCCAAAAUUUUCUGGAAAACCACCAAAUAGCAGAUUAGAUUACACUGAUGCCAAGUUUGUGGAUGUCAUUCAUUCUGAUGCGAAAGGUUUAGGAAUUCAAGAGCCAUUAGGUCAUAUAGAUUUUUAUCCAAAUGGAGGAAAAAAACAACCUGGCUGUCCUAAAUCAAUCUUCUCAGGAGUGGAGUAUCUUAAAUGUGACCACCAGAGAGCAGUUCAUCUGUUCUUGGCUGCUUUGGAAACAGACUGCAAUUUUAUUUCCUUUCCUUGUGGUUCCUACAAAGAGUACAAGAGUAGUUUAUGUGUGGACUGUGACAGUUUCAUGAAAGACUCCUGUCCACGGCUUGGUUAUCAACCUAAACUAUGGAAAGGAGAUUUAAAAGAUUUAAGAAGGGAUGGUUUACCUCUGAGGACCACUGCAUUUUUAGAUACGGCAGGCUAUUAUUUUGUUCUCAGUAUCAUUGCUCUAGAUGAAACCAUGAUGGAUGGCUCUAUUUCAUUUAAGUUAUUAAACCAGCAUGGAGUGUUUGAAAAGCCAAAGAUAUAUGAGAAAAGCAAACCAUUUGACAAACUUCAAGAAGUAAAGAUUCUUGCUCAAUUUUUAAGCGAUAUUGUGAAUAUUUCCAGCAUUGCUUUGACAUAUUCCCAGAGCUUAAAUCUGCAAUGUCCUACUUGCCAAUAUAAAAUACAGAGUCUUGUGUUAAAAUCACUUACAUAUCCUGAAAGACUACCGUUUUGCAGAUAUGAUUUUGUACUUCAAGAAAAAAAAGAAGUAUUUCUUCAAUCAGACAUAUGUGCGGCGCAAAAUAUUUGA